AUGUUCGCGUCUCAUGUAAGUGACUGGUGUUCUCAUGGGUACACAGCGUUGACUGACAUUUACCAGGCUCAAACCUGGCAAGCAUCCUCAACAUGGAGUACCGAAGACAGAGAUCGCCUGGGUGUGCCCAAUCUCCCCGGACCGGGAGACAAGGACCGAUUACCGUCGCCAAGUAGAUUUCGGGGCAGAUUGCAAAGCUUGAGAAGAGCAUCAUCUCCAGGAGCGCGGUCCAACACACCGUCUCCAGAGAAUUCGAAAGGGGCGCUGGGGCUGACAUUACUGCAUGACCCAUCGGAGCCGCGGGUUGAUUUCGUAUUUGUCCACGGACUGAACGGUGGCUCAAAGAGAUCAUGGAGCGCCUCAUCAGACCCGACAACAUUCUGGCCCAAAGAGUGGUUGCCAUCAGAGGCGGGCUUCAAGCACGUUCGCAUCCACAGUUUCGGAUAUGACUCGGACUGGUCAAAAUCACAGCAAAGCUCCCUGACCAUCCACGAUUUCGGACAAGCUUUAUUGGCAGAUUUGUACAACGCGCCACAUCUUAAGAAGAAUGGAAAUACGCCUAUCGUCCUGGUUGCUCAUAGUAUGGGUGGUCUUGUUGUUAAGAAGGCAUAUCUCCUAGCUAGAAGAGACCCGAUUUACGCCGACAUUGCCGGCAGGAUUCACAGUCUUUACUUCUUGGGAACUCCCCACAGAGGCGCUGAUUCCAGUUCCUUUGUCUCAACAUUUAUUGCAAUGUCGCUCGGCUCUGGAUCCAAGGCCUUUGUCAAAGAGCUCAUCCCAGGAUCAGGGACAUUACAGGUGAGCUUGAAGUCCGCUAGUAUUCUCGGCAUGCCGAUGCUGACAACCCAGGCUAUCAAUGACGAAUUUAGACAUGUGUGUAGCGAUGUUGGACUGUGGUCAUUCUUCGAAGGUAUUCCUACCGCUGCAGGGCCAACCAAUGUUGUGGUGGUAGAAAAAGACACACUCAGUAUCUACAAGCCGACCAUCGUCGUCUGGUCAAGUUUGACUCGACCGAGGACCCGAAUUACAACAUCCUCCUUCGUUGCUUCAACACAACAAUCGAAGAGAUUGAAAAGGAGUCUGACAAAAGCAGAUAUCUCCGACAAGUUUGACAACCACAGGGCUCAGAUCAAACAAAUAGCCAGCACAUUUGAUAUUGCAGAACGUCCAGAUGGCGACUUUAUGCGGGUCUACGACAGACUGCACCAAGGAUCCUGCGAAUGGCUAACCUCCCACCCAUCAUUCCUUGAAUGGCUGGAGUGCGACCUGAUGGACGCCAAUCCUACCGUCAAAGCCAUCACAGCCGGUCCCACCAAAGUCACUCCUCGAUUCUUGUGGCUCAAUGGCCCACCGGGAUCUGGAAAGUCUGUGGCUUCUACACAUGUUAUCAAAUACCUCGAAUCCUUCAACCUCGACUGUGCCUACUUCUUCUUCAAGAACAACGAAAAGCCCAGUCUGACCCAGCUCCUCCUAUCACUGGCUCUUCAGAUGGCUGAGUCCAACUUCCAGGUCCGACACACAUUCCUGUCCAUGAUAGAGGAGGGAGAAGUGGUUGAUUGUCACAGCGAUCAUGUUAUGGUGUGGAACAACAUUUUCCUUGGGCGGAUCUUCAAAAUGGCAUUUUCUCAACCACAGUACUGGGUGAUUGAUGCUUUGGACGAGUGUCAAUCACGACUGCUGGCGACCUUGGUCGCGAUGCUCUCGAGAAUCGAGCCGACAGUCCCACUGAGAAUCCUCAUUACCAGCCGGCCCAACGGUCAUGUGGAAAGGUUGCUGAAUCAGGAGCGAGUGCUGAGAAGCGAGAUACACACUGGCCAAGCAGCGUCAUUGAGAGAUAUCGAGGCCUUCGUAAGGGCGAGGCUUUCGCCCACCAUCAUCGAAGACUUCCAUGAACAAGACCAAGAUGAGAGCGACCUGGUAGCGGAGAUCAUCGAAAAGUCAAAUGGGAUAUUUCUAUGGGCUUCCCUUAUUAUGACGCGUCUAGAUGACGCUCACAGCAUCGAAGCGAUGAGAAAUACCCUGGACCAAGUCCCAAAGGAGAUGAGUGGAAUGUACAACGACAUUCUGAAGAACAUUAUUGAGUCUCCAAAUGCGGAGCUGGCACAGUGCAUUCUCACCUGGGUGGUUUGUGCUCGCAAGCCCCUGACAACCGAUGAACUGAGAGAAGCAGUCAGGCUGGAUAUUAACCAGACGCUUAGGACGUCGGACAGAUUUGCCCAGAUAUGUGGCAACAUGAUUACUGUCGACAACAACUACGUCCAAGUCAUGCAUCAGACAGUCAAGGAGUUUCUUACUGGCGAGCAAUCGGACUACUACAUACCUCGUGCCGGGUCUCACGCUCGUAUAGCAGAACUUUGCCUUACCCACCUCAACGGGCGCAAUUUCAACCCCCCUCGGCCUCGCCGUGUGCCUUCGUUCAAAAACAACAGCGCUGGCGCCAACGACACGGCCUUCGACGAGUAUGCAUGUGCCAACUUCAGUUACCACCUCGCACAUUGCUCGCCUUCGGAGGAGACACUGGAGUUGCUGCCACUUCUCGGAUCCUUUUUCUCGUCCAACAUCUUGACGUGGAUUGAGCGCAUUGCGAAAACGGGCCGUUUGGCACUCAUCAUGCGAACGAUACAGAACCUGAAGGCGUACCUCAAGAAGCAGGUAGCCACUUGCUCGCCCAUCGACUCUGAUUACCAACUUGUUUCACGCUUUGUCGAAGAUCUACUGAGGCUGUCAGCCAUCUACGGCCCGAAUCUCGUCAACACUCCUUCAUGCAUCUAUUCUCUCGUCCCAUUGCUUUGUCCAACUUCCAGCAUCAUUCACUGGAAAUUUGCUAGAACGCAGUUCAGGCAGAAGGUCAUAUGCAAUUUCAAUACCGAUUGGGACGAGCGGCUGAGCUCUCUUUCAUUUGCCACUAGAGUCAUGUCCAUUGCUUGCGGUGAUCAAUUCUUUGCCGUCGGCCUUGGAGACGGAGUGGUCAAGGUGUAUCGUCAAAGUACUUUCGAGCUUCUCAACACUUUCAGACAUGGUGAGCCUGUCCGCAAACUGGCAAACGGCCACUUGACGGGUAUCCUGGUUACUGCUGGCCUCAAGACGGUGAAGGUUUGGGGUCCGAGACAGACUCUGCUCUGGAGUGUCAACGUGCCCGAGCAACCACUCAGUAUUGAGUUCAGCCCAGACGACUCCAAGAUUUAUGUGCCACUGAGAAGUGGAGAGGUCUAUGUAUACAGGUCCAAGGGCGGCGCUCGUCUAGACUGCCUGGCACUAACCGACGAAGACGGCUCUAGCUCUUCCUCCUCGGAUUCGGAGUCUGAUGGCGAAGGUGGAGAAAGGUACAAACCUAACAACCAGAAGAAGACUAAUCCCAUGUUGGUCAAGAUAUGCCCAUCGCUGGGAAUUGCUGCUGUCGCCUACCGCAGCUCACACCUUCAAGUGUCUUAUUACGAUAACGAAGACGGGAUGGAAGCAUUUGAGAAGGAGGGGUAUGAAGAUGGUCAAGGCCUACCGUCCCAGGUGUUGGAUGUUGCAUUCAAUCCGAACGUUGAGCAGAGCUUGAUGGCAGUUGCAUACCAGGACGGAGAUCUAGUCACCUUUGAUCCAUGGACGCUUCAGCAAAAAAGCACGCACCAUCUCAAUGCCCACACACUGGCGGCUUCUCCCGACGGGCAAACCUUGGCUGCUGGAGAUAGCGAGUGUGUUAUCACUCUCUUCGCAUUCGACGGGUUGAGGCAGUUGUGUCGAAUCGAAUCGAUGGACGAAAGAAUCAUGGGUAUUGUCUUCGCUUCCAACAGCCUUAGGUUCUUUGACUUGAGGGGGAAUACCUGCAACGUUUGGGAGCCGUCAGUUCUCAUCAAGAAGAACCUAACGGAUGACGGCUCGAGUGAUGUCACCGACGACUACUUCACCUCGACCUCUUCCAACUUAGUCUGCACGCGAACGUUUGAGGGGAGCAACGAGAUAACUGUGAUGGCUCAGGCUGGAGACUCAAAUUUUGUCUUUUGUGGCCGUGAAGAGGGCGCCAUUACACUGCACGAUAUUACCACUGGAAAGGUAUGCGCGGAGUUUCAAUUCCACGCACGCAUGGUUGAAAUCCGGCAUCUCGAGUGGCAUGCGCAGUCGAAAGUUUUGUUCAGUGUUGAUGCUUCGCGAAGAUGCAUUGCAACAAGGAUUACUCUUCCGAGGUUAUCAUCUUCUUCAAAGUCAACAAGUCCAGUGGAGAAGCUCAAACAAGAACUUGGGCAGCAAAGCUCGCAGUUCGAGCAUAUCCUUGACUUUCGAGCGUCGGAUCAUGUCUUGCAGGCUCUCAUCAGUCCCGAUGGGACGUCAUUCCUGGUAUCGACCCAGUCAGGAGAGGAGAUGCACACCAUUUCCACCGUUGAAGGCGAGCCAAAACAAGAGCCCACCGUUAUUCAAACAACAAACUCCAUGGGCCCUGCCCGAUGGCUCGCCCAUCCCACCGACUCUGACCGACUGCUGCUGUUUGACCACGACAUGCUCCACGUAUUCCUCUGGAAGACGCUUGAACGGCAGAGUCCGCCAAUUGGCAUAAUUAUCCACCCCCCCCCCGAACUAUCUCACAGCCAUGACUUUAUCCUCUCCGACGAUUGGCUCUCACGACCAGGUCUUUCCACAAUCUACCAAACAAUUGACAUGCCAACCACCUCUUCGAAACUCUCCUCGGUCCCAGAGACAGGCUUUCUGACCCUUGACCUCUCCAAGAUAUCUCCCGUCAGCCCAGCCCCCAGUGUCGAGGUGUCGCUCGUCACCCGCAAACUCCUCUCCCCGAUCAAAUCAAUACUCGGCUUGCAUAAAUCCACUCUGUACUUCAUCUCAGGUCGCGGCUGGGUCUGCUCGAUCUCUCUCAAGAACUUGCCAUCUUCCAAAUCAUACACAAGACACUUCUUCAUCCCGUCUGUCUGGCAAACGGCAGAUGGGCAGGGCCCAAUGGCAAAGGUUGUGAGCAAAGGGUCGUCGGUUGCGAUGGUGUACAGGGAUGAGGUUGUGGUGCUGAGUGGGUUUUUGGAAUUUGAGCACAAGACUGUUUUCGGGGUUUGUGAUGAUAUCACUGAGUUGGGAGGUAGUGACGAGGAAGGAGAGGCAGCAGGAAGGGACGGUGUGCCGGUUAUUACUAGGACUAUGAGCUGA